GGCGACUGCUUGGAUAGAGAUUAGCGUAUCUCAUAAGUCUCUAGCAGACGAUACACACAGCUCACAAGUAAAGCAUAUCAUCAUGAAACACAGAACGGUUCUACAUGCUUCAAAAUAGGAUUAAUAUAAUAGCAAUCAUGUAUUAUUAUCUGGUGAUAACAUAAGUUUUUUCUGAUUUUGCUUAUUCGCAAAUACCAAAAUGAUGAACAACGCCAGUAUGGAGCUUAACAAUGUAGGAGGCAGCAAGAGUUCUGUGUAUUUAGUAAUAUCUUUUAAAAGAUUAUGUAUGAGCACCGUUUGCCUACCGUUGUUUUCUUUGGUUUUUUGUUUUGUCACUGCGUAUAUUUUCCAACAGGAUGACAUUCACGAGACGCAUUGUAAGGUUUACAAUGUCCUCCCAUCGAUAUCCGCUAUCACUGGCGUAUCUCCUCAACGAUAUUUAUGGCGUAUAAGCAUAGCAUUACAUAUUGGACCUCGUUUAGUUAUCGCCGGUGUAUAUCACUCGUAUUAUUAUAAAAUACUCAAAACCUUAGAAGAUGUACCUAGCAGAAUUAUGGGAUGCAGAUUAUUAAAUUUAUGCUAUUGGUUAAACAUUGCUGAGGUAGCUGCUUUAAGCGGCGUAACGUAUAUAUCGAACAGAGAGAAUUAUCCUGUACACGAAAAGAUUUUUAUCGUGUUCAUGUUCAGCUCUCUCUCAUACAUGCUGACAUCUGUAAGAUUAGGCCGUCUUGUUACUCCUAAUGCACAAAGUCUUCAGUACAAACAAGCAUUGUUUGUUACAAGCGUGAUCAGUACGGUUGGACUCAUUAUCUUCUUUUUAAAACAUCGGCUGUUAUGUCACGACUUGGCAUUUAGUUGGUUCUCACUAUGCGAAUACGUGAUAGCCUCUGCAAAUAUGGGAUUUCACUUUACCGUAAUCCUAGACUUUCCGAAAGAACAGCUGGUCGUAGGUCAUGGAUUACCUGCCACGAAAGUGGAUUAAUUUUAUAGAAUAAUUUAUAAUUUUGAUUGUCAUCUUAAAGUACCUACUGUCACUACCUGGAAGUGCUGUUCUGUUCAUUAUAUUUUUAAUCUAAAAUGUAAUGAGAAUUUUAUUAUUUUAUGACGUAUAAAAUAAUUUGUAAAAGUUUCUUAUUUAUAUGAUUAUAUUAUAUCUAACGAGUUAAUUUCAAAUUAUUUUAUUUGUAAAACGACUCAAAGUAAUUCCAUUAAUUGUUACUUUGAUUUUUUAUAUUUAAUCGUCUUUUAAACUAAACGAAUAAAAUCAUUUAUAGAAUACAAAGUCGCAUAGAUAAUAUUUAUUGAUAUAAAUUGAAAGAAACGUAGCGCUUCCAAAGUAAGGCAUUGGUUACUUACGAUGAAUCUUCUAAUGGCCUUCCAAUAACAAUUAUUAGUAAAGAAAAACAUCGUAGUGACUAUAAUUAAACAAGUGUAUUACAUAUAAACAGCACAUAGUAUAUAGUAUAGUAAGAUCAGAAAUUAGCACACUAAAUUGAAUUUUUCACGAGAAAAGGUCCAUUGUACGAAGGAAGAAAAGAAAGUUCGUUCGAAAAAAUUUAAAAAGUUUAUCUUUGUAGAGAUUUUUUGAAAGUGGGGAUUCUAGUCGAUCGCAUAAAAUCUAGUCGCUACGUUUUUCAAUCGCUUUAUAUAACGUAGAGAAAACAUUAUUUUGUAUGUUCAAAUUCGUUGUUAUAAGAAACAUAUAUAUAUAUAUACACAUAUAUAUACGCAUAUAUAUGUAUAAAGAGAGAAAGAGAGAGAGAGAGAGAGGAAUGCAUUUACGUCGAUGUAAUUUAGAUCUAUGAAAAUUUACGUUCAUCAAAUGAACGUUACAAUGAGAUCUUAAGUUUAUUAUCCGAUAAAAUAUCUUCUAAUUAAUAUCUUGUUGGCGAAAGAUUAUCGAUGCUAGAAGGUAUGUACGUGUAGGAAACAGGGCUUAUAAGUUUAGAUUUUAAGAUAACCGAAAUGAUUUCUGUGAGAUCUAUUUACGAGACUAAUUAUUAUAAAAUACGACACGUAAAUGUAAUAUGAGAAGCUUAGGAUGUAGUUCCUAUGUUUUUAACAUUAGCAUAUAAAUAUUUACGAUGCAUAUAUAUAUACAUAUAUAUAUAUACAUACAUACAUAUAUAUAUGCAUAUAUAUAUACACAUACGUAUUAUGUAUAUAUAUGUAUAUGUAUAUGUAUACACAGACACACACACACAUAGUGUCAUUUUAAGGUUGAUUAACAAAAUUUAUUUGACAACAGUAUGCUCAAAGAGGAAUCGCAGAUAAAAGAUAAAAGAAAAAAGAAGAAAAAAACAAGAAAUAAUUCUGCAAUCCCUCGUUAUAUAUAAUUUGACCAAGGGAUGAAAUUUGAAACGACGUUUGUAACAAACGCUUGUAUGUGUGUGUGUUGAACUUUUGAACCAAGAGACCCUAUUAACGAUAUAAAAACAACGUCCUUUCGAUUCACGUAAGAUAUUCUUCGUAUAUUCCGUAAGCAUGACAAUUUUAUAGAACGAUGAUGUUAUAUAUGCAUUUGCCGAACUAACUAGUUUUGAGAAAAUCAAUCUUAUGUACACAUACAUACAUACAUACACACAUACGUACAUACAUAUGUAUUUCUUCGUCGUAAUAACAUAUGAAAGCUUUACGUUUGAGAUAUUCGUAUGUACGAUAUAUUAUUAUAUAUAAUAUACACCAUAAUAGAUCGUGCGUUUACAUUACACGACGACUUAGAAAAACAUCUGUUUUGCACAUUUUUAUACACACAAAUACUAUCUACUCUCUAUAUAUUUUAAUACGAGAACCUCUUCUUAGGUUACUUGUUCAAACAAUAAACCACCGGCAUGUUCGCCUGCGUAUUUAUUAUAUACAAUGAGACGAUGAUUAUGAAAGUGGUUUAAGUUAAGAAUCGACAGAAAAAAAUUCGUUUAUUGCGUAAUUCGUAUAAGUAAAUUAUACGAAUUAAGUAAACUAAUUCUCUCUCUUUUUUUUUUUUUUUUCAAUUUUUGACUUAUAUCACGCUCAUAAUUAUCGGCUCACAUAUACAUACAUACAUACAUACAUACAUAUAUAUAUAUAUAUAUGUAUAUACAUACUAUUAAUGAUUAUAUGAGUCGGUGAUUAAGAAAGUGAUCUAAAUCAAGGAUAAAAAAGAAUUAAUUUAUUGGGUAAUUCGUGUAAUCAGGUCAUUGCUAUACGAAUUACACAAUAAAUCUUUUUUUCUCAAUAUUUUGCUUCAUAAUCUCUGGCUCAUAAACGUAUAUAAAUUCUUUCGAAAAAUUACGUAUGACAUUCGAUUCGAAUAAAUACAUGUAGUUGUCAAUAAAAUAAUAAAAAAAAAAAAAAAAAAAAAAAAGAA